AUGUUAUCGAGGCUAAGUGGAACCCAACUACGACGUAGUGAUUUCAAUACUAUAUGGAAUUAUGUCAAAUACUCUACAGCGGUCAAUGUUAAGCCCUCGGCAAUCCCCCUGGAUAACUCCUAUACCAGCACCUUGGCCGAAGAAUGGCAGGAGGCAAAACCCUUCAGCUCAAUACCGGGUCCAAGUAAAUUUCAAAUGAUUAGAGGUUUUAUGCGCGGCGGAGAUUUUCACGACAUGCCCUUUACUGAGUUUAUGCAGGAGUGUCGUCGACGUUAUGGCGACAUCUAUCUACUGCCGGGAAUGUUUGGUCAAAAUACCAAUUUAAUCACGUUCAAUUUAAAUGAUUAUGAAAAGAUUUUUCGUACCGAAGGACCAUAUCCAUCGAGACCGGGUAAUGAAAUUGUUUUCGAAUAUCGUCUGGCUAGAAAGGAUGGCCUAUAUGACGAGGGGAAUUUGGGUGUUGCCGCCAAUGGCCCUCAAUGGGGUAAAUUUCGUCAUGCUGUCAAUCCGGUCCUGAUGCAGCCUAGGAAUACGGUGUUGUACAUAAAUCCAACACAAAAAGUGAAUAAUGAUUUUAUUGAGAGAAUUCGUGAAAUACGCAAUCCCUCCUCCCUAGAAGUUCCCGAAGAUUUCCUAUCCGAAAUAAAACGCCUGGCUUUUGAAUCGGUGGCUGUUAUUGCUUUGGAUAAAGAUUUGGGUUUGGUACGCAAUAAGAACGCCGUGCCCGAGGCCCAGGAACUUUUCAAUCAUUUACAACACUUUACCAAGGCUUUCUACGAUUUGGGCAUUAAACCCUCGAUAUAUCGAUAUAUCAAAACCCCUUCCUAUAGGCGUUUUGAAAAUGCCAUGGAUAGCAUAACCCUGAUAUGUAGUAAAUUUGUCGAUGAAACUUUGCAACGUAUUGAGGCUCGUGGUGGUGGCGACCACCAAGAGGGUAAGAGUGUUUUGGAAAAGCUGAUAAAAAUUGAUCGCCGCAUUGCCAUUAUUAUGGCCAUAGAUAUGUUAAUUGCUGGGGUGGAUACAACAUCAUCCGUUAUGGCAGCUGUCCUAUUGUGUAUGGCCAAAAAUCCUGAGAAGCAAGAAAAAUUGAGGCAAGAGAUUUUAACAAAUAUUGGUCGCACGGAAAAAUUCACAAUGGAAAAUAUGAAAAAUCUGCCGUACUUACGAGCCUGCAUAAAGGAAUCAUUGCGUACGUAUCCUUUGAUAGCUGGUAAUAUGCGAACAACGGGCCAGGAUUUGUGUUUGAGUGGUUAUCAGGUGCCCAAGGGGACAAAUGUAUUUUUAACAUCAAAUCUAUUGCUGCAGGAGGAUCGGUAUUUCCCCAAUGCCGAGAAAUUUAUGCCUGAACGAUGGUUGCGAUCAAAUAAUCAGGAUGAUAUGUCGGCUAAGAAUACAAAUCCAUUUAUAUUUUUACCAUUCGGUUUUGGUCCUCGCUCUUGUGUGGGAAAGCGAAUUGUCGAUCUGCAAUUGGAAAUUACUUUGGCCAAUAUUGUAAGGAAUUUUAAAAUGGAAUAUCAAUAUUCGACGGAGAAUGCAUUUAAGAAUUAUUUUAUGAACACAUGUGUUAUACCAUUGAAAUUUAAAUUUACCGAUUUGUGA